GACAAGUUCAGUUCAGACACACCGCCCCAACAUCAUGCAGUCCACUCCAAUCACUCUGGUGGCAAUCGUCCUCCUCGGCGCCGCAUUGGUGCGAGCCUUUGACGAGAAGGCAGCCCUGGCCAAGCUGAUGGAAACAGCCGAGGUAUGCAUUCCGGAGGUGGGUGCCACCGACGCCGAUCUGCAGGAGAUGAUCAAGAAGCAGCCCGCCAGCACUUAUGCCGGCAAGUGCCUGCGCGCCUGCGUGAUGAAGAGCUUCGGGGUGCUGGGCGCCAACGGCAAACUGGACACGGAGGCAGGUCGCGAGAAGGCCAAGCAGUACACCGGCAACGAUCCAGCCAAGCUAAAGAUUGCCCUGGAGAUCGGGGACACCUGUAGCGUCAUCACUGUGCCGGAUGAUCACUGCGAGGCCGCCGAAGCCUACGGCGCCUGCUUCAAGGGCGAGGCCAAGAAACACGGACUUUUGUAACCAAAAACGGACCCACCAACUGGACACGCCUGGAAUCCCAAGUCUGUAUCUUUAAGUUUUGGUUAAUCAAAGUCGAGUAAAAUAAAUGCAUUGAAAAAGGAA